AUGGCCUCGGCAAAAUUUCUUGUACCAAGUCGCUCGUCGUUUGUCACCUCCUUGAGAGGUGGUGUCCCGUCGUUGCUCGUUCACCAGAGACAUCAGAAAACCAUUGCCGGUAGGAAAUUGCAAAGCGCUUUUUUCCAUUUUGAUGAAUUAGACAGAUACCUUGACACCUUUUGGCAAAUUUAUCCUCAUUGCAAUAAUAUACGCGUAAAAUAUAAAUGCAACAAAAGUCCUUUCUCACUGCCAAAGGAACUACGACUUCUUCGUAAUGCACAAGUGUCCAAAGAACCAGUAAAUGUAUCCGAAAAAAAGGAUCCUGUUAUUAAGCAAAGUGCGGCGCAAAUUGAAAAAGAGGAGGCCAAUGUCAACGAAAAAGCGUCUAACGCGGUUGCUAAGAAAAAACCAUUGACCACCCGAAUAAAAGACGAAUUGAUUCAUUACUGGCACGGAACCAAGCUUUUCGGUUUGGAAAUAAAGAUUUCAACAAAGCUCUUAUACAAACUUUUGAAAGGUCAAAAGUUAACCCGCCGAGAACAUCGACAGCUUAAGCGGACCACUCAGGAUUUGGCUCGACUUGUCCCAUUUGCAGUUUUUGUCAUCGUACCUUUCAUGGAACUUCUAUUACCCGUGGCCCUCAAGUUAUUCCCAAAUAUGUUACCAAGUACUUUCGAGGAUAAGUUCGCAAAGGAAGAAAAAAAAAGAAAAUUGCUCAAAGUGCGUUUGGAAAUGGCAAAAUUUUUACAAGAGACAAUUGCCGAAAUGACGAUAACGGAACAAGAUCGUGCUGAAGCUGCCAAGGAGUUUUUAGAAUUCUUUCGCAAGAUCCGUUCGUCCGGAGAGCAACCAAACACAGAGGACUUAAUUCGCGUAGCGAAGGUCUUUGAAGAUGAACUAACUUUGGAUAAUCUAUCUCGCCCUCAGUUGGUUAGCAUGUGCCGUUACAUGAACAUCAACGCAUUCGGAACCGAUAAUUAUCUGAGGUAUCAGAUCAGAAAUAAAAUGGGAGCUAUCGAAGAAGACGAUAAGGUAUUUUACUUAUACCUUGUGAGCGCAAUUUUAGUCACCUAUAAAGAUACUGAUAAUCCAAGCAUUCAGAUGAUUAUGGUCGAAGGGGUGGAUUCGCUUACCGUUCCUGAACUCCAACAAGCCUGUCAAUCACGUGGAAUCCGCACGAUCGGAGUAUCGCCAUCUCGUUUACGCAGUGAACUACAACAAUGGUUAGAUCUUCAUCUAAAUUACAAAGUGCCAUCCACUCUUUUGAUUCUUUCGCGAGCAUUCAGUUUUUCCGAUCGGACCGAAUUGGUCGAUCAAACCGAGGCUCUUCACGCCACAUUGAAUAGUUUGCCCGAUAACCUCAUUAACGAAACUGAACUACAAGUCAUGGAAGAUGACGGCACCGCCACAUAUAAACAGAAGCUCGAGGUGCUAGAAGAGCAAGAAGAAUUGAUCGCAGAAGAAAAGGCUCAAGAGGAGAAAGAAGUAGCGCGAAGAGCAAAGGAAGAGGAAGAAGCUGCCAAGGAGGCAGCGCUGGCUGAAAAAGCUCCUCAUGAUGCCAAGGAAGCAUCCGAAGAUGACGCGCGCAUAACCGAACAACAGCUUCAAGAAUUGCGCGCGGCAUUGACCAUCCUUUCGUCGAGAUCAGCAGUGCUAGAAGAAAGAGAAGCUUUAGAUGAAAUCAAGGAAGAUCGAGAAGAAUAUAAAGAGGACAUACAAGAAUUAGAGGAUACUGGUAAGCACACCGAAUCCAAGGUGUCACUUCGUCUCGGAUCGCGCUUGGAAAAAAUGAUUCAUAAAAUCGAUAAAGAGUUGGAACAAUAUGAUUCAGAAGUUGGUUCAAAGUUAAAUAUAAUUCAGGCCAAUGAAAGUGGGCAAAUUAGUGUUAGUGACUUGGAAGAAGCUUUAAGAAUUAUCAAACAUACACCUGGAGAUAAUGAGACAAUUAAAAAAAUUGUUUUGAAAUUGGAUGCAGACGGUGAUGGGUUAGUGUUUUUGGAUCAUAUUUCUGAACUAUGUACAGAAGGCGAGGGAAUAGGUGUGUUGAUGGAGAAAGAAACCGAUGCCGAAAAGGAAGAAAAAGUGAAAAAGCCCAAAAAGGAAGAUAUAGUAGUGCAAAGUUAG